UGCCUUCAGCGUAUAUGCAUGUACACAGAGCAGCCAGAUAGCAGUAAGGACAGUGUUCUGAGAAUACAGUAAGGGGCUUGUUGGACUGAUACCUCCCCCCCAACCCCUAGCCCAGCUCCGUUUAGGACUGCAUGCUGGAAUUUAACUGGAAAGAAAACUCAGGUUUGAAUUUGAGAAACUCAGCAGCACUUCUAGUGUCUUCCCUGGGAUUACAGGAAAGAUGAUGUCAUCAACCCUUCAGCUCCUGAUCGCAUUGCUCUGCCAUGUGACAAGCCCUCUGAUUCUCAGCCAUGCAGCCGCAGAAGGUGCCACCGAGCUGAGAUCUGCCUUCUCCGUGGCCAGGACCAGCAGCAUGGAGGGAGGACCCAAGAUGGUCAUCACCUUCGACAAGGUCUACGUCAACAUCGGCCACGACUUCGACCCCAAAACCGGGCUGUUCCGCUGCAGGGUCCCCGGAGCGUACUACUUCUCCUUCACCGUGGGCAAGUUCCCCAGGAAGAACCUCUCGGUGAUGCUGAUGAAAAACAAGAACGAGGUGCAGGUGAUUGUGUACGACGAGCACCAUGGCAAAGACAGGAAGGUGCAGAGCCAGAGUGCCAUGCUGCAGCUGGAGUUUGGUGACACGGUGUGGCUGCGCUUGCACGGGGACCCCAAAUACGCCCUCUACAGCAACACGGGCCCGUACACCACCUUCAACGGAUACCUCAUCUACCCCAACACCUAUUCCUACUUGGGGAACAGUCUGAGUGACCAAGUGUCAGCUGAUCAGCAGUCAAGCCAUGCCUCCAAUACCAAGGUCACUGCUGGAAAUAAAGACUGCGCUCAGAAGGAGGAUCGUAUGCUCUCUGAUCAGCCGGCGGCAGUGAUGGAGAAGGAAGAGGAAGAGGAAGAAGAGAAUGACCUCAGAUCUGCGUUCUCAGUGGCCAGGAGUCAGAGUGUCUUGGGAAAGGACCAGGGCAUAUUUCAACACAAGCCCAUGACGUUCGACACGGAUUUCGUGAAUAUCGGGGCUGACUUCAACACCAGCGCAGGUGAGUUCACCUGCCGCGUCCCGGGUGCUUACUACUUCUCCUUUACGAUCGGGAAGCUCCCACACAAGACCAUGUCGGUGAAGCUCAUGAAAAACCACCUGGAAGUCCAGGCUAUGAUCUAUGACGACAGCAGUUCCAAGAGGAGGGAGAUGCAGAGCCAGAGCCUGAUGCUUGCCCUGAAGAAAGGGGACACAGUCUGGCUCUACAGCCACCAGCACGAUGGCUACGGGGCCUACAGCAACCACGGAAAGUAUAUCACAUUCACAGGAUUCCUCGUCUACCCGGAGCUGACGCAGCACAGGCAGCAGAGACAGAAAAACUAAAUCGGACGCCUUGAGAUUAAAACAAACCCCUUAUUUAUGAAAAAAAUGAGUGUGUGUCCGAUGUGAGCUUUCUUUGCUUUGUUUUGUUUGUUUUUUUGUUUUUAAUACAGAAGCAUGUUAGACUUCCCAGGUGUCUGUUAUUAAGAUGAUGUUUUUCUUUUGUUUCUCCUGAAAUAAAUGGUGUAUUAUGAUGAGCAUGCUUAACAAACAUAAUGCUAAGGCUGACCAGAAAUUGUUUUUUUCACCAUUAAUGCUGAUCAUCCAAAACUGUAAGGCAUUACAAAGCAGUGUCUGCUGUGUCAACCAAUGAAAGUGAAAAAAAUGUCCCAGAUUAGCUGUUUUUCCACUUGAUCAUCCUUACAUGAUCCGUCUGGCUCCUAAUCCUUGGGACUCUCUUGUUCUUAAAUGUCGUGUUUGUAUAAAACUGAAAUACAUUUUAUUUUGGAAUGCAUCUGAAUUAUUCUAAACCUUCGAGUCAUUCCCUUGUUGUAGAUUUGUCUUGCAAAAUGCCUAAAGAGCCUUUGCUUUGUGAUUAGGCAUUCACUGGGAUUGCACAAGCUAGACUAGCAGUGAGAUGAGAUGCAGCCUCAUGCUCAUUCUAGUACCCAAUUGAGGAGAAAUAAUUUCUCAGCCUCUACCUGACAGGUGUAUAAUCCUCCUGUUAUUUAUUCAGGGUCUGUAGAUUUCAAUGCAGACUUCUUUUCCGAAAUGAGACUGUCUUGAAAGAAACCAAUAUACCCCUUCAUGCAUCAUCGCCAUUGUUCAGGCACUGGGAGCGUGUCUACAUGCAGGGUGCUCGCUCGAUGAAGUUUAAAAUGCUGUUAUUAAAUGAUUUACUGGAAGCUGUAUUGUAAGCAAAACUGUCAUUUUCAUUAAAAACUACUUAAGAAAAAAAGUAAUUCAUUUUGGCACUCAAUACAGAGUAAACGGUGUGCUUUAUUAAAUAACCAGGGACUGCUUCUAUAGGAAGCUGAAAUAUUAUAUCAUGGUAUAUGUGGUAUUUGGGUAAUCUGUACUUUUAUUAUUACAUGGUCAUGCACUAAAAUGGAUAAUGCAUUUUGUAAGAAUUGUUCAUUGUGAAAUGUACAAGCAUUUGAAGAGUCCCUUUUUAAACUGCUAAAUUCUGGCUGUGUGAAUGAGAUUUCAAAUAAAGGUGACUGCAUCUGGACAAAUGCAGCUGAGCUGGACACAAA